AACUUUCAAUCAGGGAUUUGAAAUCAAUUUCGUUUUGGGAAAAACUUUGUCAUCGUUGGUUGCCAUUUCGACCUCGAGUUGUUUUGGAUAGUAGAGAAACGAGUUUGUAUUGUAAUAAAUAAAAAUGUAUAUUUGGUUUGAGCAUUUUGGGUCUUUAACUAAACUCUUAAUGGAUUUUUCCACCUUCCUCAUACUUUACGAUUCUAUUUUCAUUUUACCUUUUAUUAUUCGUGCACUUCAACACUCCUCAAAUUUCAACGAUUCUGAAUUUCUUCGACUCUUCGAAUAACUCAAAAUAGUUUAUAUAGAAUUACACUUUCAAACUCUUUUAUAUUUUAAAAUUUAAAAUUUCAAAGAGAAUCUAGUGAAUGGUUCCUAUAACUUAUCUAAGUCCAGAGCUUCAAGAACUAAGAAAAAACAAAUAGUUUUUUUGCUGAGAUUCAAAUCGAGAUUUCGCUUUAGAAUUAUGGUGUAAUUAAAUGUUCAUGUUAAUGUUUGUUUAUUGAAAUUUCCUUAACAUCGAGAAACAAAUGAUUUGCUUUCCUGUUAAUUCGAAAGUUGCAGCCAAGAAGUAGAAGCAGAAUUGAGGAAGAAGAAAAGAUCGUUUAAAGAAUGCAUUUUUCUGUUCCUUUAAAGCUUCAAAAUCAGCUCUAAUGGCGGCCACAAGUAUUUUUCAUUUCUCUCUACCCUCCAAAUCCAGCCCUUCAACUCCGCCGUUUAAGACUUCCCACUCCCUCAUUUCCUCCCCAAAUUUCAGGCCUCUCAAAAUCAUCUGUUGCCUGUCUAUUCACCGAUCAGAUGACGAAAACCUCACUACUUCAAACAGCUCGAUUAACUCCCUGAGAGUCGUCUUUGCCGCCGGAGGCACUGGUGGUCGCGUUUAUCCCGCCGUCGCCAUUGCCGAUGAGCUCCUACUUGCUUACCCCACAGCUCAGAUCCUCUUUCUGGGAACACCCAACAGCACGGAAAGCGCAGCCGUCCCUUCUGCCGGGUACGAGUUCGACACAGUUCUGGCCACUCCGUUAGCUCACCCUCUUAUAUCUCCCCAAAACCUUCUCCUUCCUUUACAUCUGAUCAAAUCCGUGGUUGCGAGUUACAAAAAACUCAUCGAUUUCAAACCCCACAUCGUCAUUGGCACAGGUGGAUACGUCUCGUUCCCGAUUUGCCUUGCUGCAAAGCUUAUCAAUGGCGUCAAGCUUGCAAUCCAAGAGCAGAACUCGGUUCCAGGUUUUGCGAAUUGGGUUCUCUCUCAUUUUGCAGAUAUGGUGUUUGUUGUAUUGAACUCCACAGUUGAGUGCUUUCCAAGGAAGAAGAAAUGCUUGGUUUGUGGGAACCCGGUGAGGUUGACAUUGAAACAGCACGUGCCCAAGGCUGUGGCACGUUUGCAUUUCUUUCCAAGAUCAGGGAAGGGUGAGGAUUUGGAGGCUAAGGUGUUGCUUAUUCUCGGAGGGUCUUUGGGUGCAAAUGCCAUCAAUAUUGCCAUGUUGAAUCUGUAUUAUCAGAUGUUGUUGGAGAACAAGAAUUUGUAUAUUAUAUGGCAGACUGGUGUGAAGACAUUUGAUGAGAUGGACAGCCUUGUAAAAAACCAUCCCCGUCUGCAUUUAACGCCGUUCAUGCAUUCUCUGCAUUUGGCUUAUGCAGCUGCAGAUCUCGUUGUUUCUAGAGCAAGGGCCAUGACUUGCUCUGAGAUCCUAGCAACUGGAAAGCCAUCUAUACUGAUACCAUCACCUCAUGACGAUGAAGGACAUCAGCUUAGAAAUGCUUCGAUAAUGGCUGACAUGGCUGGUUCAACAGUCAUUGAUGAAGACGAACUAGAUUCAACUACACUUGCAAGUGCAAUUCAAGAGAUAUUAGGUGAUGAGACUAAAAUGGCAGAUCUAUCUGAAAGAGCAUUGCGAGUAUCGAAACCAAAUGCCUCUACUGAAAUUGUUCAACACAUUGGAACCUUAAUAAACUUGUCAACUAGGAAGGCCAAGCAGCAGUGAUAUAAUAAUGGCGGAUGAGUUACCUUCAUGAAGUAGAAAUCGGUCUAUUUGAUAACAGUUUUGUUUUGUUUGUGUGGGGAAAUUAAAGUUGUUUCUUUUUUGUUUUUUCUCUUUUGUUCUCUCCUUAAGGUCAGAUUUUCUACCAGACGUUCCACUUCCACCGGCCAACUUUUGGUUUAAUCAUAUUUUGAGAAAAUUAAAGGCUCCUUUUGGUUGGCAUAUUUUUUAAAUACUUCAUUUAGAAUAUUCUGUUA